ACUGUUCUAAAAACCAAAACAAACAUUAGUUUAUACUUAGCAGGGGAUCGUUUUUUAAAUAUCUUAUUAAUGAUAAUGCUUCGUCGAAUUAACCAAGCCUCAGUAUAUUUAAAGUCUAACUACAGCACUGCUACGAAUAGCCCUGAUGGACAAAUAGUUAGACAUGUACCUGUGCUCUGUAAGCAAGCAAUUAACUAUCUUAACCCAGGUCCUCGAAAAAUUUUUAUCGAUAUGACUUUCGGGGCCGGUGGUCACAGUAAGCACAUUUUAGAAAAACACAACGAUAUAAAAGUAUUUGCCCUUGAUCGAGAUCCAGUUGCAUAUGAGCUCGCUAUUUCCUUAAGUAAAGAAUAUUCAAAUCGACUAAUACCAUUAUUGGGAAAAUUCUCUGAUUUGCCGAAGCUUUUAAAAGAGCAUAAAAUAAAGAAACAUUCUAUUGAUGGCAUACUGUUUGAUUUCGGUUGCUCUUCGAUGCAAUUUGACGAAGCGGACCGUGGCUUUUCUAUUUCUAAAAAUGGUCCUUUGGACAUGCGCAUGGAUCGUGGACCAAAUGGUGACCAAGUUACAGCCGCAGAUGUUCUUGCUCGUGCCGAGGAAGGUGAUCUAGUGAAAAUACUGCGAAUGUAUGGUGAAGAGAAAGGAGCGAAAAAAAUUGCUCGAGCGAUCGUUGAGGCACGCUGUUUUUAUAAGAUUGAUACUACCAAACAGCUAUCUGAUUUAGUGGCCUCGUGUCUUCAAGAUACACAUCGAUUGGACAAAAUUCAGCGGCCCACACACGUAGCCACAAAGACAUUUCAGGCAUUGCGCAUAUUCAUUAAUAAUGAAUUAAAUGAGAUCAAUUACGGAAUGAUUUUAGCUAACGAGUAUUUGAGACACGAAGGCCGACUUGUCGCUAUAACCUUUCAUUCACUUGAGGAUACAAUAGUAAAGCGACAUAUACACGGGAAUGUAAUCGAAGGCCUUGCAAAUCCGGUGCCGUUGAAAUAUUGUGGUCAUGAUAUAUCACAUGAUAAGGAAUUAAUUGAAAUGUUUGUACGAUCGAAUUGGAAGCAGCUACAUAAACACGUAAUCGUUCCCAACGAGGAAGAAGUGAUGAAAAACAGCCGAAGUAGAUCUGCUAAACUGCGAGCUGCAAUUAAAGUAAAAUGAAACUGUUGAAAAUAAAAUAAUAAAGUUAAAAAAAAAAAAUAUUUAGGCAAUCAGCUAAAAAAAUUUAGACGUUGUACAGAAUUCAUAUGAAUUAUAACAGGAAAGGAAUGAAAAUAAAAAAAAAUUAAGAAACGAACAAGUUCAUAUAUUUCCACAUCCCAUCUUCAAGUGUAGUGAUUAGAUAUAGUAUUAGAGUAGUUAAUUUUAUUUACGCGUUCGACGUAAGAAUAGUUCAGUAAAAGUGCGAAAUUUCAUAUUAGCUUCUUUGAAUGAAAUUCAACGAAAUUGUUAAUUGCGGAAAUUCCAAAUUCAAAUAUAUAAAAUAAAUUAGAAAUUAAGAUGAUGCGUAUAGGUGGUAAUAAAUCAAUGUCUAUUGUUCUUUAUUCACAUAGUGUCAUUUAUGUAUAAUAUAUUGCAACGGUUAUUAAAUUAGUUAAUUGACGGGAAUUUAUUUCCAAUAAAUUUAAAAGGUAUAAUUUUCGAACUAUGUAUCGCGUUUAAUAAUUUAAAUUUGUAAAACGCAAAACGAAACACGAUAAAAUAAUUUCAUAAUGUGAAAGCUUUAUUGAUUUUCAUAACAGUUUCUGUAAUAUAAUUUUAACUUUUAAAUUAAUUGGGUUACUUUUAAAUUUACUCUAUUUUUAAAGUGUCCUUUAUCCAAAAUAAAGGACUAACGUUUUGACAGAAAAGACAUCCCCACGCCAUUAUGUUUCAUCCCCAUGCUUAAAUUGUACAUUUUUGGUACUCUAUUCAAUUAGAACAGAGAAGAAAUCGAUUAUAAAAAAAAAAAAAUUUAAUUUGAACAGCARCUCAAACGAAGUUUUUUGACGGGUUGAGUUGAUAUAUGUAGAUAGUAUCAAAACUUAAACCAAAAUGCAGUUGUAUGGAAACUGUAAUAAGGGCCUCAAUAAAAUAACGUCCAUAUAUAUUUUGUAUAUACAGACAGGGGCUUUCUAAAAGGUACCAUCACGAAUACAUUUUGUGAUCAUCUGCGACAAGGAAAUUUGUACGAUACCACAAAUAAGCUGAGCAGAUGUUACUACUUAUCCAGUAGAGUGUAUAUCUUGUGUAUAACAUUGCUCCGUGAGUUGAAACUUAUACCAUCUAGGGCCUUUUCAAUUUUACCUAGUGCAG